UUUACCGCGAUCGCGUUACAGUCCACAGACUUUGGAAGUCGUUUUUUUUUAACAACUAUGAGGAAAACUGUUGAACUCUAACUGGAUACAUAAUCACUGGGGACUUUAAGUACUAAGUAUUCUAACGUUUUCUGCUUGUGAUGCCCGCUGGGAUGUUCAGUAUCGAUAGUAUCUUGGCCGGGAGACCUAGCUGUAAGGACUCGGUUUUACUACAUCGGAAUGCCCCGGUUGUAUUCUCCAACUUGACGGAUUCCUUGUAUACAGCUGCGAAUAUAAUGGACUCCUACUCACACACAGGACCCACAGCCCCGAACUUGCAGGCGGUGAAUGGAACAAGAAUAGGCUAUAACAACUAUUACUAUGGACAACUUCACGUCCAAGGACCGACUGGCCCAGCUUGUUGUGGCGCAAUGCCAACUCUCGGCUCACAGCAAUGUCCGUGCAUUCCCACCGGUUACGAUAGCGCUGGGUCGGUGCUAAUUUCCCCAGUACCACAUCAGAUGAUGUCUUACUUGAACGUCGGCACCUUGUCGCGGACAGAAAUUCAAUUACUCAACCAGUUGCACUGUCGACGCAAGAGACGCCAUCGCACCAUUUUCACUGACGAACAACUGGAGGCCCUGGAGAAUCUUUUCCAAGAAACUAAAUACCCCGACGUUGGUACAAGAGAACAGUUAGCACGAAAGGUGCAUCUACGCGAAGAAAAGGUCGAGGUUUGGUUCAAAAACAGACGAGCAAAAUGGAGAAGACAGAAAAGGUCGUCUUCUGAGGAAUCAGAGAACACUCAGAAAUGGAACAAAUCCACGAAAACAGCUACGGAGAAAACCGAGGAGAGCAAAAGUGAUGUGGAGUCGGACAGCUGAUAAAGAAUCAUAUGAAGGCAAAUAUCUUGCACAACUACAAUUCGGACUUGUACAUAAUGUAAACUGUCAUGUGAACUUACAGGUGUUGUCUUGCUGUUGCACAGAUGUAUAGUAAAUGUUACCUUUAUCAUUGAAUAUUGUUAUUAUAUUAAUUUAAAAUUUACACAAAAAUGCCUGGACAUAUGAAUACUAAAUAUUAUAUCACGUCAAAGUUUUCUAAGGCAAAAAGAAGGAUCUCCUAAAAAGGUAUACUUCCGAAGAUUUAUGUAUUGUAAAGUAAUGGCAUUCAUUAAUUUGUGAAAGCCUGUAGGCCUCGUGAUAACGCAAGCAGAAUUUUACUAGAACUAAUAAGGCGAAAAAUGGUUUUAACCAAACAAAGAAACUGAAGUUUUUUACUAU